CACCGCGCGUAAUGCCCACAUAGUGCUGGAGAAAGUGUAGGACGGAUGUAAAGAGAGAGAUACUAUUCUUCUUAUACUACUUUUUGUUCGGUUUAAUACACGAGAAAAGGAAAGUGAGCGAGAGAGAGAGAGAGAGAGAGUGUGUGCAAGAGAGAGAGAGAGAGAGAGAGAGAGAGAGAGAGAGAGAGAAGUCGCUCAGGUUUUUUGGAGCUAAGCUUUCAUGCCGUCAGUCUUGCGGACUCUGAGAUGGACGUCAGAUUUUAUCCAGCUCCCCCUUCAAGCGUGGGUUCAUGUACGUUACCGACUGACUCCGGUUUGGACUAUUACCACUCCAACAAGAGCAGAUACGGUCCUGCAGACCGAGGUGUGAGACUCUACAGUACCCUGCCCAUGCGCCCAAACCCUGACGGCAAGAGACUGCCCUCUACUGGGUUUGAUGGUGACAACAUGUACAUGAAUGAAAACAACCAUGAGUUCCUCCCGCCAAACCAGAGCUACACAGGUCAGUCUGGCGGCGGUGGAGGAGGAGGCGGAGGAGGAGGCAGUGGAAAUGGAGCUGGGGACGAGGACUACGAGAUCCCCCCCAUCACUCCACCCAACCACCCCGAGCCUUCUCUCCUUCACCUGAUGGAGCACGACUCUACAGGCUACCUCUGCCACUCGCUGCAACACAAUGGGCUCAUCAACCCGUAUUCCUACCCGGAGCUGCCCACACUCAUGAUGUCCAACAUGCUGGCACAGGACGGCCACCUCGUCCCCAGCCAAAUGCCCUCGAUGCAGGAGAUGGCUUUGCACCACCACCACCACCACCAACAGCAACACCAUCACCAGCACCCAGACGGCUCUCAUUAUGACCCAGCCCGUAACCACCCCCUGAUAAACAGGUCACCUCCGAUACACCCCAACCCCAUGAGUGCACUGACCCAGUUAAACCCUCAGGUCAGCAGGAGUGCACUGCCUCAUGGGUCCCCUUCACCUCCCGGAAGUAAAUCGGCCACACCCUCCCCCUCAAGCUCCAAUCAGGAGGAGGAGACUGAUCCUCAUUCGAAGAUCACGGGCGAGAAGCGGCCGUCUUCAGAGAUGAUGAAGCCCAAGCCCAAACCCCAAAAAAAGAAGAAGAAGAAGGAUCCCAAUGAGCCUACAAAGCCUGUGUCAGCCUAUGCCUUGUUCUUCAGAGACACCCAGGCAGCCAUUAAAGGACAGAAUCCCAACGCCACCUUUGGAGACGUAUCCAAGAUAGUGGCAUCCAUGUGGGACGGACUGGGAGAGGAGCAGAAACAGAGCUACAAGAGGAAAACGGAGGCUGCUAAGAAGGAGUACCUGAAAGCCCUGGCCGCCUACAGAGCCAGUCUGGUUUCCAAGACAUAUAAUGAUCCCGUGGAGACAAAAAGUGCCCAAACAAGCCAGGCUUCUCCACACAUGAUGCCAGCUAACCCGCCCCUGUACAGCGUGCCACCUCCCCCCCAGCCGUCGUCGCCCUACCUGGGGCCCGGGGCCUUCCCUCUCACCGACCUGCAGAGCUACGCAGGCCACGCCCCUCGCCACGCCCUGUCGCAGACGCUCAGCCAAUCGCAGAUGCUGCCAAGCAUUAGUGCCUCUCCCCCUUCCUCCUUCCAGAUCAGCCCCCCCCUCCACCCCCACCAGCAGCUCUCCCUGCACCAGAGCUCGCUCCUCAACCAGCCCAUCCGCAUGCAGCAGGUCCAGUCCCAGCCAAUCAUCUCUCACCAGAUGGGGCUGCAGGCCUCUCUUCACUCCCCUCCUCCUGGGCAGCAGGGGUUUUCCCACCUCCAGUCAGAAUAUCAGAAGAGUAUUGGGGGUUCCCAGUCUCCAGGAGCCCCUGGCCCUGGUCCAGGUCCUGGAGUGGCUCAGAGCCAUGACUGGGACAGUGAAUACUGCAAUCGGGAGUGUGGCAACCACUGCAGUGGCAGCAUGAUUGGCAGGGACAAGCCACUCUACCUCACCUGAAACUGAAGAUCAUGCUCGGUCGACAAAUACGACACAGAGAAGUCUACUCUCACCCCACAUCCCCCUCGCCCCCUUUCCACUCAACCCUCUUCGGACGCACACACACUUACACACAGUUCACACCUUACAUACAAUGACAUGCAUACAUAUACAAACACUCACGCACACACAUCCCGCCUCCCAAACCACCAACACCAUCACCACCACCUUUUUUUUGGUCAGUGUAAUGAUUAUUUCUUUCAGUUUCUAGAGUUAUUCGUGACCAGAAUUUUUUGACUAUAUGACUGCUGUCUGUACCACUUAAUGUAUUAGCAGUCCUCCUGCUGUUUCAAAUUUGCCAAGCACUUAUAUGGCCCCCCUCCCUCCCUCACUCCCACCCUCACUCCCUCCUGCUCCCACCCCCUUUUUUGAGUUUUGUGUCUACGGCCGCUCUGAUACAGGCCGGGCUGUAGAGCACUCCUCUUCUGUGUCACCAUCAAAGUCCCCUCAGGGACCCCAACCAGCUUUAAUUAGAAAGAGAAGAGGAAGAAAAAUACUCUUCAUCUUCUUUAAUCAUUUUAAUUUCCUUUUGUGUUUUUUUUUCAUUUUCCUUUUCGUUGUUGUUGUUGUUUUAUUUAUUUCUGGCUUGCAAAAUUGUUCCUCUUUUUUU